CCGGGACUCGGCGAGGUCAGUACAAUCCAAAUUGAAUCCAAUUGAUAAAAAAAAUGCAACGAAAGUCGGUCACGCUUUCGAUUGAUUCCGCCUGAGUCGACAAUAACAAAGAACCCGUUUAAAUUGGUUCGGAGCCCUCCUCGCAUCGUUAUCAUCAUCGGAACGAACGGCAACAACACCGCAGGUAGAAUCCCUUGAAAUCUGCUCGGGUGUUAAAAACAGAGUCAAGCUUAAAUUUGUUGAUAAAAUUUUCGUGUAUAAAGAAGAGAACCCAAACUACACAAAUAUUCUGUAAGAGACCGUUGAUCGGUGCGCUUGUAGUUUAAUCAUACGCGGUGGGUUGGACGUGAAGUGGAAUUAUCCAUUGAUUAGACUUGAUUUGCUUCACUCGAUAGUUAGCUGAGAUGGCGAAGGUCAUGACAGUACGUGGUCCUGUGGAUCCUGAAACUCUUGGAUUCACAUUGACGCAUGAGCAUUUGUCGUUGGAUUUUCAUCAUUUUUAUGUUGCGCCCCCUCCCGGCCUGGAGUUGUACGUGAAUAAGAAGAUCACAUUGCAAAACGUAGGAUAUGUUCGUCAGUAUCCCUAUAGUUCGGCAUAUAAUGUCAAUUUCGAAGAUGAUGAGACACAUGAUGCUGUGCUGAAAGACGUGAUGCAGUACAAAGCUUGUGGUGGAGGUGCGAUUGUUGAGAAUACCUCACAUGGCAUCAACCGCAAUUUGAAGCUGUUGUAUAAUGUUUCCGAGGCAUGUAACGUGCACAUCGUUGCCGGAACUGGACAUUACGUCCAGGCGGUACAACCAGAUUCGGUGACCCACAUGACCAUAGAAGAGAUGGGAGACCUCUACACAAAGGAAAUUUUGUUUGGAACGCAAGUUGAUACCAAUGCUCAUGAAUUAGUCAUGGUCAAGUGUGGAAUGAUUGGCGAGGUUGGUAGCUCAUGGCCAAUCACAUCAUUUGAGAAGAAAGCCAUACAAGCAACAGCGGAGACUCAGAGUGUGCUAAACUGUCCUGUAACUUUCCACCCUGGUCGGGAUAAGGAUGCACCGGCUGAGAUAAUGCGUUUGUACUUGGAAGCAGGUGGCAGAGCAGACAAAUGUGUUAUGUCGCAUUUAGAUCGUACUAUUCUGGAUCACGGCGAUCUGCUGGAAUUCGCCAAGUUGGGAACAUACUGUCAGUUUGACCUGUUUGGCACGGAAUGUUCUUACUAUCAGCUGAACAAUACCGGGUACAUGCCGUCCGAUGAGCAACGUAUUCAAAGCGUCGAGAUGAUGAUCAGAGAAGGAUACGAAGAGCGUGUCCUGAUGUCACAUGAUAUUCACACGAAGCAUCGAUUGACUCACUUCGGUGGACAUGGCUAUUCGCAUAUACUGAACAACAUUCUGAUGCGCUUAUCUUUGAGGGGAAUCGAUAUCAAAACCGUCGACAACAUUACAAUUAAGAACCCGGCAAAGUGGCUGGAAAUGAAGGUUUGAGAAGGUAGAUGAACACCAACAGCAGUAUAAUCGUUUAUUUGCGUGUCAAUGAACCGGAUAUAGUUCUGUUACAUCAUUAGAAGUGUCAUGUAGUGUAAGAGAGUUUUAAUGUUACAUAGAAGACUACCUUCUAAGAUAAGUGAAACUAGCUUUGAUAAAUCAUUAUCUCUAUAAAUAAUGUUGGCUUAAAGAAGUAACCAUACUCAUCCGUAUAAAUCUGGAAAAUGCUAUAUGUUUAGGGUUCUUUUUAUUUAAUUUAUGCCUUUAAGGUGGAUAGAAAAUUACGUUUAAUAAACACUAAUAAAACCA